AUCAAACCUUCCAAGGCUCCUCUCUCUCCUCAAAAGGCAAACGCUUUUCCAUCUCUCCGUCAGGACCUCACGCCUUCCUCCUCGAUCCACCGAUACAAAGAGUACGAAGUAUAUACAUAGGCACACACACACACAUAUACACACAAACUCGGAUACAUAUACAGAGACUCCAUUUACAGGGGAUGGGGAGGUCGCCAUGCUGCGAGAAAGCCCACAUGAACAAAGGGGCCUGGACUAAGGAAGAAGACAAGCUCCUCAUCGACUACAUCCGCACGCACGGCGAGGGUUGCUGGAGAUCUCUCCCAAAAGCCGCCGGACUGCAGAGAUGUGGGAAGAGUUGCAGGCUGAGGUGGAUGAAUUACCUGAGGCCUGAUCUCAAGAGAGGCAAUUUCACCGACGAAGAAGACGAACUCAUCAUCAAGUUGCAUAGCAUGUUCGGUAACAAGUGGUCUUUGAUAGCUGGAAGAUUACCGGGAAGAACUGACAAUGAGAUCAAGAAUUACUGGAACACCCACAUCAAGCGGAAGCUUCUCAGCCGUGGGAUCGACCCUCAAACCCACCGUCCGAUCACCGAACCCGCCGCCCCUCCCAAUCCGCCGCCGUCCCCUCACGCCGGACACAGCUCCGUUUUGUCCCCGCCGAUCAAAUUCGCCGGAGAAGACCCGGAGACGGUGAAAGCAGAGCCUCUGUCUCAAGAAGAAGGAAACUACACGAGCAACGGGACGACGACGUCGUAUAAGGAAAUUCCAAAGGAGCACCACUUCGAGCUUAACCUGGAACUCUCGGUGGGACAGGCCACGUGUCACCGGGCCGAGUCGGAUCGGGCGGCGAACCCCGAGUCGGAGAGGGUGGUGUGUUUGUGUUGCCGAAUAGGGUUUCAGAACGAGUCGUGUCGUAGUUGCCAGAUUUCAGAGGUUAGAAGCCUUACGAGCUCCAACAUUCUUUAGGUUACAAUGAUUAUUUCUCUUAUUAUAUUUAUUCGUCUGUACGCAUUAACCACAACAUAGGUUAUAUGAUUAUUUG